AUGUCAUAUUUAUCAAUAUGCAAGAUUGAAUAAUUGGUUGAGAAAUAUAUCAUAGUCUAAUCAUCAUUAGAACAUUUGAUGCAGAAUUGCCAUCAAAUUAUUCUUGAUCAUCACAUCUAAAUAAUGUUGCCAUAUAAUGCUUAUUUUGAAUCUAAUUCAUUGAUCUAACAAUUAAUGAAAUCUUUUUAUCAAUUUUGCUAAUAACAAGAUUAUAUGAUUGAAGAUAUAGAACCUAAAAUUACAAUUAAAGAUAAUCUAUAAAGUGCUAUUAAAGUUGAAAUUCUUUCAGAGCCUUAGCAAUAAUUUGUGACAUCUAUUACAAAAUUUAGAAAUUAAUCCCAUAAAUCUUCUAUGAAAUCUUCAGUAAACUCAUUGAGGAAAUCUUCCUUUAAUAAAUAAGAUCGUUUACAGUAAACUUAAUAAGGAUCACUUCAUUUAACAUUUUCACCUAUUCCAUUAUAAAUUGACUAAUAAGAAGAUGAUGAAGAUAGAUUUUAUAGAGGGGUCUAUGAAAUGAAAAAAAAGUAGUAAGAAUAAUUACGAUUGUAAUAAAAUAUAUAUACUUUUUUUUAGCAAUAAGCAUGUAUCCGUGUAACAGAAAGUGUAACUUUAAUAAUAAUUGCUUGAAUUAAAAAGAAAAUGCAAAAAAGGAGUUUUAACGUUUGAUAAUGAUGGAUCAAUAAUCUUGACCAAAUAGAAAGUAUUUAGUAAUGAACUUUAAGUUCAUCCAGAUACAAGAAUUUUUGCUUUGAAUUUAAAAAAUUAAGAAUAAAAAUCUAAUCUCCAAACCUAAAUCACAAAUAUAGUUAAUUCUUCAAUUCAAAGGAAAUAACGAUUGGCAAAAAUUGUCAAUAAUUUUAAAAGUGAAAUUCGUAUGGAAACAGAACCUGUUAGAGUUAGUAAAUCAUUUAACAAUUUCAAUAGUUAAGAUUUGAAAUCUAAGCCUUUUUUAAAAUACUUAUUAAAUAAUCAAAGUUUGAAGUUAACAAAAAAAGAAUUCUCUUAAUUAGUUGGUUUGUAAAAUAAUAUAGGAGAUGUUUUACAUUAAAAAUUAUUAAGAAUGACUUAAAUAUAAUAAUAGAGAACACAAUAUAUAUAAUAACAGCAGUCAAGGAGUAUCACUCCUCUAAUAAAUGAAAAAAAUAAGGAAGAUGAAAAAAAUAAGGAAGAUGAAAAACCUAUUAAUCUAAAUAACAAAAAACAAGGAAAAAUAAAACUAAAUGAUUUAACACUUAUGGAUUCAAUAUCAAAUGAUACUCCAGAAACUUAUUUUCAAAAACUUAAUGAAAGUUAUAAGACAACAAAAAAUCAAAAUGUUAAAUAAAUUAAAUCAAAUCUUCCUUUUCUUUAAAGGAAAGUUAAGUAAUCAAAAUAUGGCAUUAUAAAAGAAUAAACAUAAUAAAAAAUAAAUCCAAUUGUUAAGCUUCGUUCUUACACAACUUACGAAUGA